UGUGCGGCUCCGUCGUGAACGAAGUGUGAGAGAGUGGCUGCACUGCACUGUGAAUGCCGCUGAAGGGUAUUCAAGACGCAAAGAGUAUAUAUGAUGAUAUAUGGGCUUCUUGAUGUCAUGGACGUUUUACGCUACAUAGUAAUCUCUCUGUCACUCGGCGUUUUGGUUUUUCACAGCUCGCAGAACACGUCUGUUCCACUGCCAUUUACUACGCGAGUCACUCCCAUUGUAAGGUUAUUCUAAAGUCUGUCCGGGGUAUUCUGCAUAUACAAGCUCUGUACAGACUUUAUAGUUUCUUAGUUCAAUCGAGUAUUAAUUGUCUUUUUCUCGCUUCUUUGGUGAGCGUUUGUUAUAAUCACAUGACUUAUUAAAAGAUUUUGAACACGGUGAAGAUUUUUUGACAGACGAAUCCUUCUUGCUACUGACUUGCGCCGUCUGACAGGUUGUUUUUAAAAAUAUUCACAGCACCACGCUCGCCUCCAGUUUGCCAGCAACAAGAAUAUAGUGCCUGGAAAGUUGCAGGCUCAUAUGUGGACUCCAUCUGAAUUGUUAGGGUCCUUAGAAGGUGACUGGGAUCCCGCAUUGUUGUUCCCAGAAACUGACAUUUAUGAAAAUGCUAACAAGGAUAUUUUCAUGUCUGAUGAAGAGGGAGGAAUCAAAAGCCCAUUGGUGUCCGAAGUUUCAACAAAUUUGACGGUGAAAGAGGAGAAAGAACAUUGGAGGAGGCAUAAACAGCAUGAGAGAAGUACCCAGCUGAAGCAAAGAGCUGUCGCCACCAUCUCGGUGGUGAAGACACCAGAAGGCUGGAAACCUCCGAUUGCUUACAUCAAAGUGGAAAAGCCUCUCACAAAAUCGAGCUGCUGUGUAUUAAGCUGCAGUAACUCCCCGCAGAGGUGUGCUGGACAUAUCAAAUUUCAUUCUUUUCCUGGAAAAGCAUAUGAGAAGGAAAGAAAAGAGAUGUGGAUUACGGCUAUUAAUCGUGUAAACCCUGAUGGAACACCUUGGAGGCCGACGAAGUACUCAAAAGUUUGCAGUGAACAUUUUGUGGGAGGGGUUGUUAGUAACAUAGCUAGUCACCCAGCUUAUGUACCCUCAAUUUUUGCUCCAAGUAAAAUUAAAACCAAGCGUAACAGAAGAGUUAUACUUGGAAAAGAAGCUCAAGAAAAUAACAAUGGAAGAAAAAUUGUACGUGAAUCUCCUAAUGGGUUUGAAGGUGACUGAUGAAAUGUAAAAUGAGGAUGAAUGGACCACCGAGUAUUCUUCUGACUUGAAAGGUGGAUUUUAGAUUCAGGUCAACAUUAUUAAAGAGUUUUGCUUCCUUAGUUGAGGUCUUUGAUAUUGAAGAAAACUGACGCUGAAUAUGUAAUGCAUAAGAAAGAAGAUUAAGAAAAUUAUUUCCAAACUUUACUGAAAUUUGGCUCAGACUAACAGAUCAAAUUUAAUUUGCAAGCAUAUUUUGGUAGGUCAUCAUAUAACAUUGUUAACUCCAAAAGUAAAUACUCUUUUGGAUUAUGAUAAUUGUGUGGACAGAUUUUGUGGAAACAACUGAACUGAGUGUAGGAGAGUCACCAAAUGAAGAGAUGAUUGAGUUUACUAGAAGUUGAAUUGAGUUCGCUUUUUCAAUCAGCCAUUUUUAUAGCAUGAAGGAACAACUUAAUCAGAGGCUGAUUAUAUUAAAUGGUACCCAUGACAAGCAUUGAAUUUGUCCUAUACAAACAGAGAAAUGUUACUUCAGUAUAUAACAAUUCCUUUCAAUACUUACUAAUGUAAAACUGACAAGAAUUUUAAUUUACAAACAAAUAUUGUAAUUGCGUAACUCCCAUUAUAUGAGCAAUAGAAGGGAUGAACAAUCAAUUUAAACAAAAUAGCUUUAUAUUUUUUGUUCAUCUAAUUAAAAUUUGUGUUAAUUAAAUUUUUUAAAAAAUAACUUCAUUUUCUGUUGUGUGUAUUGAAGGAAAAGGAAGAAAAGGAAAAGAAAGUAAACAAAUACAUUUUUUUCUGAUUUGAUGCCCAUCUUUUUUAAAUUAAUUUAUUUUAUUGCAAACAAAUGCUUAUACAAAUGGCAUACAUAAGAUAAAAAGGAUUGUUGAAAGAUUAUAGAAGACAAAUUAUUGAAAUUUCUGUUUCCUCUUUUUUCCUCUAAAUGGCAAGUUCACACCUCGACACUGUCAGCAACAUUGGAAAUGGCCAGUUAUGAUACAGCAUACCUAGACUGUACCCGAAGUUACAUGUCCAUGACUAUGGAGACAAUUGCACUUCAGAAAUGUGGAACUGGAUUCCGUUCCUUGCCGCAAAUACAGUAAUGGGCAGUAACCAACAAAAGUUUUGUAGGAGUAGAACCACUUUGUUUCAACUUGAUCAGUUUUUUAUGUUCUCACAUGAUUUGAGUUUUGAAAUUCUGUUUGUUUUUCAGUGUUUCCAUUUGGUAUUUUUGUGCCUUAUCCUCCAUACAUCCCUCCUUGUAUACCUGUUUUUAUAAUUCACAAAUUUUACAACCCAAAGACGGUAGGAACUGAACAUCUUCUAUCAGUUUUAAUGUUGUCACUAUUGUAGCAGUUAGAAACUGGCUCGCAUGCCGCAGAACAUGUUCACAUGUGAACUGUUUCACAUUUUGUAUCCUCAUUUUGAUGGGAAAGGUAGGCUUGGAACUUAGUCAUGACAGUCCCAUCCUUUGAAUUUUGUUGCAAGUGUUCUGUGUUUUGUUUGAUAGGUGUGUUCUAGGCCUAAGAGUUUUUCUGGAACUAAAAAUUACCUUUAUUCAACUUCUGUCAUAUAUAAAGAAUUAAACAGGCACACAAAAUAAAAUAAAAAUGUUGACAGACCCAAAGACUUGACACCUGUUUCUCUAUGUAUGUCGAUGCACUGAAUCUGAAUAUAAAGCAAGAAUUGCGCCAUCACCCUCCAGUUUUGUUUAAUUACAAAAAACACAGUGGAAUAGUAAAUUUUAGAGUGGUUUUCUGCGAUUAAAAAAAAAACUGGAAGGAGAAGAAGGAUUCGGUUUGUUGACCUACAAUGACUCCCAAAACUAUUUGGACACCUGCUAUUUUCAAGACCUUUGUCCAAAUGUUUUACACAAAUCAUUAUUAAAAUUUAAUUCUGCAUAAUUUAGGUAAGUCGAAGUUAGCCAUGAAAAUAAUGAAAACGACUUCUUAAAAAAGUAGCUCUAGGUAGCAAACGUAUCUUUUAAUCAUCGUUU